AUGGGUGCCAACGGAAUUAAGCUCGUCGACGUUUUCGUUCACUCUAAGGAAGAGGAGGCGAGAUUUGCCUACUUCGAGAUUUUAGCAACCACCGAGCUUGGCCUAAGUUCAGAUAUGGACUUUGAUCUAGAAGGAAGUGACGCAUCGGUAAACUUUGCUUCGAUGUUGAGGGGCGAUCCGACGACCUUGCUUGCUAACAGUAAGUGGUCCACCACCGAAGGCAGUGGAGCCUCAAAUGCGUAG